UCCUUCUGCUAAAGCUUGACGCCCUAACCCUUCUUCUAAAGCAGACUUGACCCCCUUCACCCUUUCUAUUCCUUAUCGUCGCCUUCACAUCUCCUACGUCCUUCCUCGGUCCCCCUCUCAGGUUCAUUUUAGCCUGGAACAAUGCUGCGUAGAAAUAUCCGCUUGAGGAGAGAGUAUCUGUAUAGAAAGAGCUUGGAAGGAAAAGAGCGAUUGCUUUAUGAGAAGAAACGCAAGAUAAGAGAAGCACUUCAAGAAGGAAAACCGAUCCCCACUGAGCUUAGAAACGAGGAGGCGGCUCUUCGCCGAGAGAUUGAUCUCGAGGACGAAAAUACAGCUGUCCCAAGAAAUCAUAUUGAUGAUGAGUAUGCCAAUGCUACGGAAAAGGAUCCAAAAAUUUUGCUAACCACAUCUAGAAAUCCAAGCGCUCCUCUUACACAGUUUGUAAAGGAAUUGAGUAUUGUCUUCCCAAAUGCACAAAGAAUGAAUCGUGGUGGCCAGGUUAUCUCCGAGAUUAUAGAAACAUGCCGUUCACAUGACUUCACAGAUGUUGUCUUGGUUCAUGAACAUCGUGGUGUGCCAGAUGGUUUAAUUAUUAGCCACCUACCAUUUGGUCCAACUGCAUAUUUUGGAUUACUCAAUGUGGUCACAAGGCAUGACAUUAAAGAUAAGAAAGCUGUUGGCACCAUACCUGAGGCCUAUCCGCAUUUGAUUCUUGAUAACUUCUCAACUAAGCUAGGUCAAAGGACAGCAAACAUUCUGAAGCAUCUUUUUCCAGUGCCAAAGCCAGAUACAAAGCGCAUUAUUACUUUUUCCAAUCAGUCUGAUUACAUCUCGUUCAGGCAUCAUAUAUAUGAAAAGCAUGGAGGUCCUAAAUCUGUUGAAUUGAAGGAAAUCGGACCUCGAUUUGAGUUGCGGCUUUAUCAGAUAAAGUUGGGAACAGUGGAUCAGGAUACAGCUCAAACAGAAUGGGUCAUUAGACCUUACAUGAACACUACUAAAAAGAGGAAGUUUCUUGGCGAUUGAUCGAUUUUGGUUUUUUUUUUUUUAAUUUACUAUAGCAUUACAGAUUUUAGUGAGGAAGAGAAUGAUACAAAAAAGUGACGCUAACAUUUGAUGUAGUUGAUUAUUUAUAACAGAAUUUACAUUUUGUCGUACGUUUCUUCUAUAGCAUAUCCUUGUAAUUUUAUUAACAUAAUGUUUUAUGGUUUAAAAGUAUAUUGUUUAGGCAUUUUAGUAACUAGCAUGCGAUUACAUUUAAAGCGUCUUGUAUUGCCAGAUGUUCUUUGAAUUGCCCAUUCACUUCAA